AUGGAGGGCCAGGUCCAUGCUGAAGAUCCUGAACCAAAGCAUAUUCAUGGUGGAACAGGAGCAGAUGGACCAUUAGCCCACCAGAAUGGAUGGAGUCCGUGCCAAGGAGCCAGGCUGAUCGGUCACACACUGCUGUCUGAGAAGGAAACCAAGAGACAAGCGUAUUUCUCAGUCGAAGGUGACGAUGAUGAUCAAUUGGGACGCUCCUCACACAGGGUACUGGAGAAGAGAAUUUGUCUGAUAGUCAAACCUCGGAUCCAGCUGUCACAUCCCUGUCAUGACCAGAGCAGGAGCUUGGUUCGCAUUGCUGGAAGAAAUCUGAGGGUUGUGCUGCUGGGCAAAACUGGAUCAGGAAAGAGUGCUACAGGAAACACAAUUCUGGGUAGAAAUGCAUUUCUUGAAGACUUCAAUCUAGAAUCAGUUACUCAAGAAUGUGAGAUGAGAACCUCAAUAAUAGGUUCAAGGACUGUCGCCGUAAUUGACACUCCGGGACUGUUUGACACAUGGAUGGGUGAAAAGAAGGAUAUGAAAUCUGGAAUGAUGACUGAAGACAAACUGAAGGCUAAAAUAGCGGAGUGCAUGGCGUUGUUCGAUCCUGGUCCUCACGUGUUCCUGCUGGUCAUCAGACUGGAUCAGAGGUACACAGAUGAAGAGAAGAACGCAGUAAAAUGGGUUCAGAAGAACUUUGGAGAAGAAGCAUCACGCCACGCCUUCACUCUCUUCACUCAUGCCAAAUAUCUGAAGAAUAAAACACUGAAGGAUCAUGUAGAAGAGAAUGAAGAUCUGCGAAACUUUGUUAUUAGCUGCGCUGGCAAAUAUCAUUCAUUAGAAAAUGACCACAGAGCAAAUCGGUCUCAGGUCACAGAACUACUGGAAAAGAUGGAUAAAAUGGUGGAGAGGAACGCAGAAAGUACUACACUCGUUCUGUGUAUACACAUGUCCAGAGAAAAUUAA